AGGCCAAAGCAGAAUUUCUGUAGGCCAUGUGAGGAGUUCUGCUGUCUACGCAAUAUCCGGGAUCGACAUUCUAUUGUAGCUAGCUAGCCAAGUGGCUCAACAUUUUAUCCGUCGUGCACUGACCAGUAGUAUUAUUGAAAAUGGCUACAGCGGCAGAGAAAAACAGAGGGGAGAUACAGAAAGAAUUGGUUUGCGCGAUUUGCCUGGAAUAUUUUAACGACCCAGUGAUCUUAAAAUGCGGUCACAAUUUCUGUCGCGACUGCAUCCUCAUGCACUGGGAAGAAAACGGAGGCGAUGAUAUUGGUUACCAGUGCCCGGAGUGUCGGAUGGUAUUUGGUAAGAUGAGCUUCACCAAGAACUAUCUGGUGAAGAAUUUGGUCGACAAGCUGAGUGAAUUCGACUGCUUGAAAACAGUCAAGCCAGCGGCACCUUCAAAGGCCAUCAAAUCGGAUGGGAAAUGUGAGCGACACCGCGAAGAACUGAAGUUGUAUUGCCACAGCGAUAACAAACCCAUAUGCGUUGUGUGUCGGGAGUCGAGGGCACACAGACACCAUGAUGUGGCGCCAUUACCAGAGGUCAUUGAAGAUAUGAAGAGUGAACUUCGUUUGAGGCUGAUCAAGUUGAACUGGCAGAAGUCGAUGUGUUCUAGAGUGAAGGCCAUAGACGAGCAAACCAAGACUGAUGUCAAGAUGAAGAAGCAGGCGUUGAAGGAGAAGAUUGAGGACGACGUGGGGGCGCUGGUGCAGUUUCUCCUGGAUGAGAAGGACGACCUGCUGGAGAGCCUGGACGCAGAAGAGGUGGCAACGGUGGCCGUCAUCGAUGAGAACCUCAAGCUGGUGGGCAAUGAGGAAGCCAGCGUGGACAAGGCCAUCGCAGACAUCCAGACCCAGCUCAGCGACACCGCCAGCUUUGAGAACAUCAAGAAGGUGUAUUCAAGUCCAUUCCAGUGUAGCAACAGCAACGUGCAGUCCAGCAACUGCCCGGCAGACUGGUACGAGUUCACAGGACCUUUCCAGCUCAUCAUGUGGAAGAAGAUGAUGCACGUUUUACACACCAUGCCUCAGAACCUGACUCUGGACCUGGACACGGCGCACCCGUGCCUGGCCAUCAGUGACUUCGACACCAAGGUGGAGGAGAACCGCACGCGCUCGCAGGAGGCGGACGUGCCGCAGCGCUUCACCCGCUUCUUCGGCGUGCUGGCCACGGCACAGUACAGCUCGGGCCAGCACUACUGGGAGGUGGACGUGCGCGACAAGGGCGUCUGGUACCUGGGCGUCACCUCCGAGUACAGCAACCGCAAGGGCUUCGUCAGCCUGUCGCCCUCGGCCGGAUACUGGAGCCUGUGCCUGCAGGACCGGCUGUACGCCAACGAGGAGGACGCCCGGCUGCCCGUGGCCGACUACUGGAACUCGCCGCGCGUGGGCGUCUUCCUGGACUACGACCGCGGGCGCGUCUCCUUCUACGACGCCGUCACCAUGAAGCACAUCUACACCUUCAGCGCCUACUUCGACGAGCCCGUCUCGCCCUUCUUCAGCCCCGGCAAGAACGACCCGGGCAGCCGGCUGCAGAUAUGCCACUACUACUGAGCUCGACUUGGUUGAGGUGUUGUUGAGGGUUAGACGUCAUAAAAUGGAGUCAUGUUUUUCAAAAUGUGUCGCGGGAUGGACGGCGGUGGAGUGGACAGCCUGUGUCUGUGUGUGUACUUGGGCGUAAGCGCCACGGCUCACUCUGUGACAAAAGGUUUCUUUCAAACAAAUUAAGAACCUGCCGAAUAGAGCUGUAAAGACCCAUCAGGUGUCAAAAGUAAACAUCCCUGGAUGUCAUCAGAAUUCGUAUGCCAUUACGCUUUUAUCUCAGUGAAGGGGCAUGGAUUUUGUAAAUGUCCCGUGUCUGAAUGCUUAGGAUCCAUUAAAAGGGCGAAGAUGCUGAGGUUUCACUAAAGCAUUACAUUUGUGGAUGUAAAGCAUGACAUUUCUGGAAUACCCAGGUUACAGUGUUGUGUGUGUGUGGCCAGAUAUUGACAGUUUUGGGAUCCCAAGCACUCCCAUAACCGCGGCCUACUUAAAUGUGCUGACAGGUUGAGCCAGCAAGGUUAGGUCAAGGUUACGAAUGAUGGGAACAUGUCUGUGUUGAUGUUCUUAUGGGUAACAUUUUCAUGAAGUUUUGUUCUUAUUAUAUUCCUCUUACCUAGUGAAGUGUUGCUGUAAAUAAUGUCGACGUCAAUUUCCACACAUUGGAUCAUCCCGUUUUAUUUUUUAUUCUUUUGUUGUUUUUAAAUGUUAUUUGAGUUUUAUUUAGAAGUAAUACCUGUUAAGGACUGUAUGACUUACUUCAUGAGUAACAUUUUCACUCUUUCUUCCUUAGAAAGGUUUUUUUUUAUUCAGUAUGAGCCCUAUGGCCCUAGUCAUUGUCUUUGAGGCACAAAAUGCUAUUGGUGGACAAAAUCAUGAGUGACGAGCUGAAUAAUGGCCUGGUCGGUAAGACUAAUUGAAUGGAAGCUAUAUUUGCACCCUUCAGUUUCUCUAUCGGCUUCCUUAUUUGAUCAAACUCAAAGGCGCAUCUGUUUUUGUUUCUUUUCCUACCCACAGUACUCUGGCCUUGAGUUACAGGGUGCCUAAUGGAUUGGCACCAAGCCUCUUCUUUUAUUUAAUUUACUCUGAGAGAACGGCAGACACUGGAAUUGCCAUUUUGAGGUGCUUAGGUGUGCACAAUGAUACUAUUUUAAUAAGCGACGUCAGAGCUUUGUUUUGCAUUUGUGUGAAAGUGUAUGCACAGAGGGCAAGUAUAUACUUUUACUGUAAAUCUACAGAUUCCCGGUGGCGUACAAUUCCCGGAUUCUUAUCUUGUUUUAUUUAAUUUAGUAUUUUUUAUUUGGGUUUCAUUCCCUAGUCCACUUGAUGCUACAGUAGCUAUUUUAAUAGCAACCAUUUAGCAAAAUGUAUUAUGUGGUCAAUGUAUUUUCUACAGCUGGAAAGGGCCAAGUUUCCUUGCGACAUCUGCCAGCACAUGCUGUACAGCCAAUACCUUUUGGAAGGUUUUUUAAAUCAUUUAAAAUGAAGUACAGCACAUUUCAUUGAUGGAAAUACAAGCAGCAAUAAACACACAAUAAGCAACCCAAUGGGUCUCGGUUAAAGACGGUAUUUGCCCCCUCCAGAGUACAAUCAAGCAUAAGACUGAUAAAGUCAAUAAUGGCCAUCUUUCUUCCAAACAUGCUUGUAUUCACAGACAUAUUCACAUAAUUUGUGUUGAAUGUCCAUGUUUGAUCAUGAAUGAAUGAACAAAAUUUGAAGUUCCCAGUAAGCAUCACAGACAAUCCUAGAUAUGGAACAGUUAUAAUAAAAACAUCUGACUUUGUUACACCUGUACUUUUACAUUUCUGUGUGUUUUGGGAACACGGAUGCAGUAUUUCACUUGAAUUGUGACAUUGAUUUGUCAAUGAUUUCCUUGUUAUCUUAAUACUGUGUGAAGAUGGAGGGUUUGGCAGAUAUUUUCUUUCUUUUUUUUGAUUGUGCUUCUUUUUGUGUUGUCUGUUCUGUGGGUGUUUUUGUUCAGGUGUCAUCAUAUUUCUGUGAUUGUUUAUGGUGUGCCAAUGAAAUGCCAUGAGGACUUUUAAGUGUGACUUAAUUGCAUUCUGACACAAGGCUGUUGAAAGAGGCAGGGCAACAUUUGAUCUGUAAGCUUUUUAAAGUCAGUGUUAAAACUUAAUGCUUUUUGUGUUAACACAUUAUGUAAUCAAAGAUAAUUGCAAUUUUAUGAUUUAAUAAAAUAAAAAUGAAUUGAA